AUGCGUAAGACGAACGACGUGGUAAAGUUUAAGGCUCGGCUGUUGGGAGUGAAAGGCAUGGGUAGGAUAGUGGGUGGGGUGGAGGCGGCCGACCAUGAGUUCCCGUGGCAGGUCAGCUUCCAGAUAUGGCUGUCCCGUAAGAACCGGUUCGAGCACUUUUGCGGCGGUGCUGUCAUUAGCGAACGCUGGAUACUGACCGCCGCCCACUGUUUUGAUAAAUUUCGCACUGAAGAGACCUGGAAGGGAAUAAUCAUGAAAGUGGGCACAAACUUAAUGUAUGAUCCAAAAGCAUUCAACCACACCAUCGCAAAAGUGAUUGUGCAUGAGCAGUGGGACACCGUCGAACAGGCCAACGACAUUGCCCUGGUCAGAUUGAAACUCAAACUCACAUUCCUCACUAAAGGGCUACAGUACACCAUAAACAGCGUGUGUCUGCCCAAAAAGGACUUUGAAGUGGCCGUGAGCACCACGGUGACCCUGUCCGGUUUUGGCCAGUUGGGUGAGCACGAGUCUAAGCCAGAUUAUUUGCAAAAAUUGGACAUGCCCAUUUUUGAUCACGAAACAUGUAUUAAAAAUUACGACGAGCACGUGAAGCUUAAUGAUAUGAAAUUGUGCGCU